AUGGCGCCGCCGCUAAUGUCAAACAUAGCGUGUGUUUUUUUUGUGUUGUACAUAGCGUUAAGUUUUGUGAAAAUAAUCUGAAAUAAUUAUAAACAAUGUCUCGUGAUCAUAGAAAAGACAACAGAUCCUUUUACAAUAGGGAUAGGGCACGCGAAUGGGACCGGGAAAGAGAUCGCGAGCGUGAACGCGAACGCGAACGCGACCGCGACCGGGACCGGGAGAGACCGAAUCGUGACCAUCAUGAUUAUCGGGCCCGGCCUAUGCGAAAGCGAAGCCGUACGCCGCCCCGGAGGGACGACGUCGACAAGCGAAGAAGCCGAUCACCACGCAAGAACGAUAAGGACCUCCUUGAUGAGAACAUUCUGAGUGAGAUCUCGAAGCUGCCUGAACCGAGUGAGCUAUGGGACAAUCAGUUUCAACAAGAGACCUUCGCUGCCGCGCCGCCGCCGCCGUCUUUUGCUCCAACAGAGCCAGCACUGGCUUCAACAAGCUACCCGAGCUCUUACCAGCCAUCGUACUCUGGAAUCUAUGAUGACUUCCCGUCUGUUGGUGGAGUGCCCCCAGCUCCGCUACCUCCGGACAUGGCUGCUUGGAACCAGAUGUCCCUACCACCACCACCGACAGCUACACCAGCACCGUUCCUCAAUAAUAUUGAAGAUCAGAUUAAGAAAGAAGCUGCAAUCGAAUCUGAAAUGCGUCACCAGAAAGCGGCAUUGUCCAAACAGAGAGAAGACUACAUAAAGAAAUCAAACAUACUGAAGAAAGAGAUGGAGACGCUGAAGGACCAACGGAACGAACUGCGGGGAGACGCCAAGCGCUCGCCCAGCCCGGACACCAAGAGGUUUUUGAAGGAAAACACCAAGUUACAGUUGGAGAUUCAGAAUAAGUUGAAGACGAUCUACAAUGUAGUGGACAUGCUGAACGGCAUCAUCGGUGAGGAGGCACCAGACAUUCCUGACGACGACGCAGACUCCGCGGAACGCAAGCGAAAGUCUAGGUCUCCUUCGAACAAGAAGUUCAACUAUGUGUACUAUGAUCCGGAGAUGCACUGGUGCAGAGUCUGCAACGAGUUCCCGCCAACUGCUAAGGAUUAUUUGAACCAUUUGCAUUCACCGGCACAUCAUAAGAUGGCAGCAGCACAUAUGGAAGCGCCAUGGCAUACGGUGGCAGGGGUCAACGAAGGCUUCCCCAGUUUCCCAGCAGCGCCUACUAAACGAACGCCUAUCAAAGGCCUUCAGUUCUUCGUGCCGUCGACCGCGUGGUAUUGCAAGCUAUGCGAUCAGUUCAUAGGCGACCUGCACUGUGCGUCUGCGCAUCUCAAAUCCGUUGUACAUUCCAAGAAUUAUACUAACUUUGUAGAACAGAACCCGCACUGGGAAACAGACUGGAUGUCAGACCGUCAGAAAGCGUUUGAAAAGUUCCGCGCUACCAAGGGCAAGACUUCUGAUGAGAAACCAGCUCAAUACACGGCACAUACCAUCACAUUCAACAAGGAUGGCUUUCAUACUAAACAGAGGAAAGAUUCUCCCCCUCCCGUGGUAGAAGAUAAGAAGAAAAAGAAGGAUAAAAAGAAGAAGAGUAAGAGAAAGAGUAGUAGCAGCUCGUCCAGUGAUUCCAGCAGUUCUGAUAGCGAGCCUAAGAAGAAGAAGCUUACUAAAACUAAGAAAUCAAAGAUAAAGGUGGAGCCGCGCGAUGACAAGUCGCUUACGGAGUGGAUGUCCAACAUACAGAUGGACAAACUCAAUGACAACGAUAGGAAACUGUUGGACACGCUCAAGAGCAGAAUUAAGAAAGAGAAAGGGGAUGAAGACAAGCGUAGAUCACCGGACCAUGGUGAACGAGAACGUUCCAUCGCAGAUGUGUCCAGGAAACUCAGAGAAAGUGAACGUCGCACGCGCGACGAACGCGAGAGAUCGCGCGACCGACGCGACACCUCGCGCGAGCGACGCGACGACUCGCGCCGCCGCGACACGCCGCCCAGGCAGGACGCCAAGAAGCCCGACAUCAGGAAGAUGCCCUUCAUAGGAAAAAUGCCUGUUUACAAGCAUUUGGGAAAGACUUCCAAAACCGAGGAACAGAAGAAAGAAGAGCAGAAGAAGAAGGAAGAGGAAGAAGUUACCAAAAAACGCAGAGAGGAGAUGGAUGCUGAGAUACAGAAAAAGGUGGCAGAGUUCAAGGAGAAGAUAGCUCGUGCCCAGCUCGAGAGACAGCAGCAGGUGGACAUCGGGCCGCCGGCGCUGGCGCUGCCCACACAGCUGGCCGCGCCGCCGCCGCUCGCCUACAUGCCGCCGCCCGCGCCCGCGCCGCCGCCGCUCAUGCCACCUCAAACACCUCAACCGCCGCAGCCAACACUACCGAAAGACUUCCAGGAGGCUCUCGACAUCAUCUUCCCGACGGACGUCAAACCCGACUUAUCUCAAGGCGACGGGCUGUUCCCGCUACCACCUGGUUUCGUCCCCGGCCUCGGUGGUGUCAUGCCUCCUUUCCCUCCCCUUCCUUUAAUGCAAACACAGAUGACCCAAAUGUUCGGCUUCGACUUAAACGCUUCCCUCUUCCAGCCGCGAACACAGUUGUACGAUACACACGUUCCUUUAGUACCCAGCCCUAAGCCUAGACAGCAACAUAACAAAAACAGGCAUAAACAACAACAACAGCAGCAGCAACAUCAGAAAAAACAGAAUCAGAAUCAGAACCAGAACCAGAAUCCCCCUCCAAAGGCCCCCACUCCCGUAACGAGGGAGGAAGAAAACGGAAAUGUUGCCAAGAAGAAGGAGGAAAUGGAUGACCUGGCAAUGCUGGGUAUCGACGCAUCUGAUGUCGGCUGCAUCUAGAACUUUCUUUUUCCGGUCCUUUGAGACGCAUACUCACCGUGCCUAACCUUUGAUUGACGCCAAAGUUAACCUCUUCCUAUCAAUUCUAAACUAAUUAUAAUUCAUAUACAAGCCACGUCCCUGGUUCUCGCUAAACUUUUUGUCAUGACGGAACAUUGCGCGAGUCAUGCGUGGUGGUUUCGCGGUAACUGUAACUCUGCACGUCUUAAGUCAUUUCAUGGCAGAAUAGGUUUUGUCCGUACAUUUCGACUGCUCAGUAGUCACUUAAGGCUAACUUAACUGGGGUUGCAAGGGUAUUUGACUACUACAUUCGAAUAUAAGGUCUGCUGAAAGUGCAGCAGUAUGUCACAUUUAUUACCAACGGUAUUUAGUAUUUUAUGUAUUUUGUUUGACUAAGAAAGAAUUGUCCCCUUUAUUAAUAAGCUCAUUAGCAGAGCUUAAUAAAUGUUUUAUGGGUGUUAGAUUUAACUACAGGCGUAUGUUACUGAAAUCCUAAUUUAAUUUAGGUUUGCAAUACAAUAAUUAUAAGUCUUUCAUGAUUUGACCGUUGCAUUUUUGACUUAGUGCACUAUAGAUGCACUUAGGCAUGUUUAAGUUGUUGUGAUCCUUUAAACCGAAUCAAUAUAUAUAAUGAUUAACUGUUUAAAAAUUGAUGGACUUAAAAAUCGACAAAAAAACACAAAUGUUGCCCAAUUUAACAAAAUGAUUCAUAGGAUGGUAUAUAGUAUGGCAUCUCUGAAUUAAUCUCUUUUUUUGUGUAUAAAAAUGUUAAUCAUUUCUUUUUUUUGUCUUUCUUUUACUAUGGUAGGCUAUGUUUAUUGUAGCUUAAUUAAUUGUUUAGAAUAUUGACUAAAGGCUAUGUGAAAUAUCAAAUUGACCAUUGAGGGUGUUGGAAUAAGGUUCAAAGUUCUAACAAAUCAAUUUAAUUAAGUUGAACUUACAUAUGUUUACAUGAGAAAUAAAUGUCAUGUUAAAAUAA